UUGUCGCUUCUUCUUCACCAUUAGUUGUUAGUGUCGUUGGCUUUGGUCGUUGUUGCCGAAUUUGUUUUGAUUUCGUCUGAAUUCUGAUAAAAGAAAAAGUUCCUCUGUUGAUUCUUCAUUUUCCUUUAACCUGAACCUCAUAAAGAAAAUAAACUGAGAUCAAUCAAAAACAGGUGAACAAUAAACAAUGGAUAAAUCACUCUUGCAUAUUGAAGCAAUUAACUAUGAGGCAGAGCAAUUCCGUUCAGCCUUUUCGCGAUUCCGAAGCAACCUCCAUGCCAUCGACGAAUCACUCUGUACACAACUGCAUCAAAUUGUGUCCGAAAUUGAUAGUUUCCUUGAAAGCAAACCGAAUGAAAUCGAAUUUCAACGCAAAGACCAAAUAACUUGUGCCGAUGUUAAGAAAUUUGGUAUUCGGAAAUCGUUCUUUUGUAAUAAGUGUGAUCGGAACAUACAUGGAAAUACAUUCAUUGAUGUUUCGAAUCACAUGAAUUUUUUUAAUCAUGAUGCUCCCAAGAAUAAUCACAAGAAAGAAUCACCUUCUAGUAUUUCGCGAAAAGCUAAGUUGGAAAACAAAAUUCUUCCUAAAAAAGCGAAAGCUUUACUUCUAGGGGAUCUCCAAAGUUUCUUCACGGAGCAUCUUACUGUUGCAAAAAAAUUGAUGCAUUUGCCAGACUACGAUGAAAUUGAAAAAGAAUUAUCAACUCUAAUCCGUCCUGCCUUUCCUGGUCAGACUGUAAAAAUCUACUUCUUUGGUUCACGUUUAUCUGGAAUUGGAACGAAAUACUCUGAUUUAGAUAUAUUCAUUGACAUAGGUGAAGUUUUCAACAAUUUUGAAAAUAGACCUUCUGCACAGACUAAACGAAAGCUACAAAGAGUCCAAGGCAUUCUCAGUAAAAACUCUCAAUGGUCGCAACUGAUUGCUAUUGAAAAUGCACGUGUUCCGAUUUUGAAGAUCUUAUACAGACCAAAGUAUACGAAUUGUGACAUUGGAUUUUCAAAUAGCUUAGGAUUCUGUAAUACAAAACUCACAAAGUAUCUGCUGGAGCUUCAGCCCAUUGCCAAGGCGCUAGCUUUCUUUUUGAAAAAAUGGUUAGAACGAUCGAAGCUCAAUGAUCACCUUACAACUUACAGCGCUGUUCUCUUGGUUGUAUGCUACCUGCAGACCAAAAAACUACUGCCACCCAUUAAAGUCUUACAAGAGAAUAUAGAAGACCAAGCUAUGAUUGGACCUUGGUUGGCAGUUUUUGCGGAAAAAAGUCUGGAAGAUUUAAAAAUACCACUAGCGCCGUAUUUGUUGGAACAUUUUAACCGAGAACUGAAAUCAUUCUUCUUAUACUACUCUACAUUCGAUUUUAAACGUUAUCUCCUUUGUCCAUAUUUGGGGCAAGUUUUAAAAGCCAAAGAUCUAGAAACCUCUCCAUUGUUGCCUAGGUAUUGUAACUACAUCGAAUCUGAAAAAGAGAAUAAAGAUGCAUUGCUGAACAUUUCACACAUGAAUGUGCAGGAUCCUUUCCAACUUAAUCACAACGUUACUAAAGCUGUUCCUUCAACUGUGGUGUUGUUGCUGAAACAAUAUUUUCAAUUGUCUGCCGAAGCAAUGGGGGAUGGUGAAAUUCCACAAGUAAUAAAUAAGGGCAGUGUUAAGAAAUAGCCGUAGCCUUUUGUAUGUUUGUUUUGUGCUUCUUGUAUUAUACCUUAUUUUCUUUUUAAUAAAAUUGACUUAACAAAGCACAUAAUAGA